AUGCAAACCAUUUUUUUUUUUUGUUCACAAAGGAUUGUCCUGAAAAGGUGAAAAGGACAUGCUGGGUUACUUCCUUGGCGAUAAUGCGGUUAACAGCUAGCUCUACUUGGCACAGUGCAGAACGGAUGGCUCAGCUAAUCGGCAUGGCUGUGAGCAGCAGGACUGGGCCAAAUCCAAUGCCAGAGUCUUAUUCCUUUUCCUCAGUGCUUCAAGUCUGUCCUUUCUCACUGUAAUAUGAAUUUUGUUCAUUCACUAAAGAAUUCUGUAGACUAUCUUUAAAAAAAAAACGAAAAGGACUUUGACGUUUCAGGUUUGCAGUUGGGGACGUUUCAAGUAAAACUGAUCCAUUUCCUCCAAGAGGAUUAGUCUCAGGCAGAUUAUCUUGUUUACCUCUCUUAACACUAAAGCUAUAGGGAGCAUAUGGGUGUUUGAUAACCACCUGUCUGCCUACUGAGGGGACUUCAGACGGACAGUCACAGGCAUAGAGGAAGAAGACUGGAAUGAUUGGGCUGGAUGUCUAUCUAUAUCCAGAUGGUCUUAGGGUUGCUACACCAGAAGAUAUAGAGAGGUGGGAAUCAGAGAGGGAAAUGUAUGAGCCGGAUGUGCGCCUCUUUGUGGCUUUGUUCUCAUACAACCCUGCGGUGAUGUCACCAAACCCUGAAACAAUGGAGGAGGAACUGCCUUUUGAUCAAGGACAGAUCAUUAAAGUAUAUGGAGAUAAAGAUGCUGACGGCUUCUAUAGUGGGGAGACUGGUGGUCGCUUUGGUUUUGUGCCAAGCAACAUGGUAUCUGAGAUUCCCGUGGAAGACGGAGAGCUUAAACUUCGUCUGUUCCAGCAGGGGUAUUUACCAGAGGAGACGCCUUCUAUAGCACCCAGUGAAACUUCUAGUGUGCCGGAUGGAGCGAAGGUCCACAGGAUGGUGGCCAUAUUUGAUUAUGACCCUUGGGAAAGUUCUCCAAACGUGGAUAUUGAGGAUGAGCUUCCCUUUCGUGCAGGAGACAUUAUAUAUGUUUUUGGGGAAAUGGACAGUGAUGGAUUUUAUUAUGGGGAUCUACAUGGUUAUCGAGGUCUUGUGCCAUCGAACUUCUUGCAACCGCUGCCUUGGGAUUGAAUGAAAAGAGCAAUCAUAAAUCAGGAACAGAAGAGUGACCUCAGAUUGAUUCUAACCCACUUUACUGAAUUCAGCUCCAGUAUUGUUUUUUGUUUUUCUGUUCCCAUAUAAAGUGUCUUUUUUCCUGUAAUGUACAGUAAAUGGCUGUAUUGUAUGCACCCCCUUAACGCAUUCAACCUUCCCUCAGCAUAUAGCUCAAAUAAUUUCUGAAUAAUACAAAGCAGCUAGUGUAUUAUAGCCUUAAA